UCCGGAGUAGGUUUUGCAGGUUUCAGUUCAAAUGGAAGCCAGAGUCCUGUCAGUUUUGUGCACAUUCCUCUUUUGUUCUGUUGGAGUGGUUUUCUCCACACAGGGGCACAGAUAUCUUAAAGAGCACAAGUCCAGCCUGGCAUUCAGAAAUGUCUCGUUCAGUCAUCGCAGCAGAUAUCCUCUAUACAUGAUGCAGCUGUACCGCUCCUUCAAGAGCGCCGAUUUCCUAACAUCAUCAGCUGUCAACGCCGCUCCAGUGCAAGGACGAAACUCAUCAACGCACAGUUCUGACUCCGUCCUGAGUCUGAUGGGUAAAGGUUGCUAUCAAGUUGGUGAAAGAUGGACGGUCACGUUUGACAUGUCAUCCAUCUCUGCCAGUGAGCUUGUCCAGCUGGCAGAACUUCGCAUCAGACUACCUUCCUUCUCCGGCUCUAAGCGCGCCACAGUGGAUUUGUAUCACUCUCGAAAGCGGAGCUGUGACCCGGAGAGCGCUUUGUGCCGGGAUGAGCAGCUUUUCUUGGGGAGCUUUGGCACAUCAGCCAGCACCACAAAGAAAGGUUGGAGGGUUUUUAAUGUGACCGCUCUGUUAAAAUACUGGCUGUACCAGGGAGAAAGGGGGGCCGGCCAGGAGGCCUCGGGGGAACCUGAGUCGGACCACGGGAGCGGCAUCGGGGAUGUGGGUGAGAUCGCUGACAAGUUCCUCGUCAAAACUUCGAGGCAAAGAAAAAUAUACCAUCCGACCACAAACAGGGUCAUGAUGGUGAUCUUCUCCAAACAUAACUUGCCCCAGGAAGGACACACGGCUUACAGCCUCAUUCACACUGUGGAAAACUCCAAGUAUGUGACGAUGGACAGAGCCAGCAGUGACAGACAAAGUCGUCGUCACAAAAGGAACAGAAUGGAGAGGAUGAGAGUGGCGGCAGGAGCUUCACCUACUCCAGCAGCAGCAGCAGAGCCGGCCCAGAGGCCUCUGUGUCGGAAGGUGGACAUGUGGGUGGACUUCGAACACAUCGGCUGGGACGAGUGGAUUGUGCACCCUAAGCGCUACAAUGCAUUUCGCUGUGAGGGAGAGUGUCCAACACCACUGGACGACUCCUUCAACCCCACCAACCACGCGUACAUGCAGAGCCUCUUGCAAUAUCACCAUCCAGAAAGAGUGUCCUGCCCACACUGCGUGCCAACGCGCCUCAGCCCGCUCUCCAUGCUGUACUACGAGAACGACGAUCUGGCCCUGCGGCAUCACGAGGACAUGAUCGUUGAGGAGUGCGGAUGUCACUGAAGGCCGACGCGUCCCCGGUUUCACUGCGGCGCCGAGUGCGACUAUUGACGGAGCACAAUCGUGAACUUUAGCUCAACUGCUUCUGUCUCCGUCCGUUGAAUUUGAAUAUAUUUCAUCCAUACUGGGUGGUUCGCAAUAGCCUGUAUCUUUAGUAUGAUAAGCAAAUGUUAUAUGUUGUGUCUAUUUAUACAUUAUAAUGUAUGUUUUGUACAUAAAAUAUGAAAGCAUAAAUUAAAACAUUAUUUCCACAU